AUGAAAUCUCAUAGGCUCUUCUUCCAGGAAUUUGUCUUCCUCCUGAUGUUUUUUCAGCAGGCCCGGGGUCAGUUCCCAAGAGAGUGUGCGACCGUGGAGGCCUUGAAAAGUGGCAUGUGUUGCCCAGACCUGUCCCCCUCAUCUGGCCCUGGGACAAACCGCUGUGGAUCAUCUUUGGGAAGGGGCACGUGCGAGGCAGUGUCUGCAGACUCCAGGCCCCAUAGUCCCCACUACCCCCACGAUGGCACAGAUGACCGGGAGGAGUGGCCCCUGCGGUUCUUCAACAGGACAUGCCACUGCAAUGGCAAUUUCUCAGGACACAACUGUGGGAGUUGCCGCCCUGGGUGGAGAGGACCUGCUUGCAACCAGAAAGUUCUCACAGUCAGGAGAAAUCUUCUGGACUUAAGCACAGAAGAAAAGAAUCACCUUGUGCAGGCACUGGAUAUGGCAAAGCACACAAUCCACCCUCAAUUUGUCAUUGCCACCAGGAGAUCAGAAGAAAUUCUGGGAGCAGAUGGAAACACGCCCCAAUUUGAAAACAUUUCCAUAUAUAACUAUUUUGUUUGGACUCACUAUUAUUCUGUCAAAAAGACCUUCCUUGGGGCAGGGCAAGAAAGUUUUGAUGGAGUGGACUUCUCUCAUGAAGGACCAGCUUUCCUCACAUGGCACAGGUACCACCUGCUGCAGUUGGAAAGAGAUAUGCAGGACAUGCUGCAAGAACCUUCUUUCUCCCUGCCUUACUGGAACUUUGCAACUGGGAGAAACACCUGUGAUGUGUGCACAGAUGACUUAAUGGGAUCCAGAAGCAACUUUGAUUCCACUCUCAUAAGCCCCAACUCCGUCUUUUCUCAAUGGAGAGUGGUCUGCGAAUCCUUGGAAGAGUAUGAUACCCUGGGAACACUUUGUAACAGCACGGAGGGUGGGCCAAUCCGGAGAAAUCCAGCUGGGAACGUUGCUAGACCCAUGGUGCAGCGUCUUCCCGCCCCACAGGAUGUGGCUCAGUGCUUGGAAGUCAGUAUAUUUGACACACCUCCUUUUUAUUCCAACUCUACAAACAGUUUCCGAAACACUGUGGAAGGUUACAGUGAUCCCACCGGGAAGUAUGACCCUGCAGUUCGAAGUCUUCACAACCUGGCACAUCUAUUCUUGAAUGGCACAGGAGGACAAACACAUUUAUCUCCCAAUGAUCCUAUUUUUGUCCUCCUGCAUACUUUCACUGACGCAGUCUUUGAUGAAUGGCUGAGGAGACAUAAUGCUGAUAUAUCCACAUUCCCAUUGGAGAAUGCUCCUAUUGGACAUAAUAGACAAUACAACAUGGUGCCAUUCUGGCCUCCAGUUACCAACACAGAAAUGUUUGUCACAGCUCCAGACAACUUGGGAUAUACCUAUGAUGUUCAAUGGCCAAGCCCAGAAUUUAGUGUGCCAGAGAUCAUCACCAUAGCAGUAGUAGCUGCUCUGUUACUAGUGGCCGUCCUUUUCGUGGGUGCUUCUUGUCUUAUUCGCGCCAGAAGCAACAAAGAUGAAGCUCGUCAGCCUCUCUUCACUGACCAGUACCAACAAUACUCGGGAGAAUAUGAAAAACUUCACAACCCUAAUCAAUCUAUGGUCUAA